GAUCUCAAGAACAAGAACCCACCGGCCAUGACUAUGCUCGAGAACAACGCACAAGAUGCGCCCCCUGUGCCCCCGGAGGCGGUGAUGUUCGAGAGCACACAGGGUAUGACAAUCUUAGAUGAGAGGCCGUCCCACUACAUACAAUUGAAAUAUCUGCCCGGUUAUUGCCUUGCCAAUCCAUCGUACAAGCCCAGGAAAGUACUAUUCAGACAUCGUGAUGGAAGGCUUUUAUCGGGAUGUGGUGGUGACGUGGAGGUGUUCCAUCCGAUGGAAUUAGAGCGUUCACAGAAUACGGGAUUACCAGUACGCGGUACAGUAGUAACAGUUUUUGGCGGAAAAGAUACUGUGAUCGGUAUACAAGCGGUAGAAGGUGGAGGUAAGUUUCAUACGAUUAGUGGGUUAGGAUAA